UGACACUAAAGACUACCAUCUUGAAACUUUCAGUUAAGACUUUUCAGUAAGACUCUGGCUUCUAAAGGUGACUGGUAACGGAUUGCUGAGUUCUUCAGGGUUUCUUGUGCUGAAUUCAGAUUCGCACAUCGCGACCGGACACAUGAUUCGCGGACUCCGAUUCAACCUGGCUUACUUUUUUUGGGCAUGAGAUGAAGAACGAAGCGUGGCAGAUGUCGUCUUCCCCCGCCCUCUUCGGUUCCUCCGACCCAAACGGGAGCCCAGAUGAGGAGACAGCCGACGAGAUGACACCCCUGAUCACUGAGUCACUAGGAGGGGCGUACGUCAAGGCAAGGCUCCCGAAAGAAAGGAAACAAAAACGACUUCUGUUUCGGAAAAGGGGCGGUGACGUCAGACCGGGCGGAUGCACACCCUUCAUCACGGACACGUCCACUAAUGAUGAUGACGAGGAAGAGUACCUGCUGGGCAGGAGCUACCGGUCGCACUGCCACGACACCGGGGAGAGCCGGCCCGUCGACCCGACCGCCAAAAAACUCAUCAUGGCCAGCAUCCUCUGCCUCAUCUUCAUGGUGGCCGAGGUCGUCGGUGGGUACCUUGCCGGCAGCCUGGCCAUCAUGACAGACGCUGCUCACAUGAUGACGGAUUUCGCCAGCUUCAUGAUCAGCCUGUUCGCCAUUUGGGUAGCGACUCGGCCAGCCACCAAGAGCAUGAACUUCGGAUACUACCGGGCAGAGGUUAUGGGCGCGCUUGUGUCCGUGUUGCUGAUCUGGGUAGUGACGGGGAUCCUGGUGUAUAACGCCGUGCUGAGGGUCAUCCACAGAGACAUGGACAUCGACGCCAAAAUCAUGCUCAUCACGGCCUCCUGCGGGGUGGCGGUUAAUCUGGUAAUGGGCUUCAUACUUCAUCAGUGGGGUCACGGUCACAGUCACGGGUUCAGCGGUCAUGGGCACAGCCACGGGGGCAAAGGUCACGGUCACAGUCACGGGGACAAAGGUCACGGGGACAAAGGUUACGGUCACAGUCACGGGGACAAAGGUCACGGUCACAGCCACGGAGGUCAAACAUCAACAGUUCACGGCACACAUAACCACGUGGGUCAAAUGUCAACAGGUCACGGUCACAGUCACGGGGGUCACACGUCAAUUAAUCACGAAGGUCAGGAGCACUCGGAGAAAGGUCAAGGUCACACACACUUGGAGGAAUGCGACGAGAGUCAGAAGCUGACGAAAAGCUGCCAAAGUAACGGCAUCCCCAACAACUACGGCGGGAUUCGCGCGUGCGAGGAGGGGACCGCCAUGGGUAAUGGUAGCGCGCGGACAGGCGCGGCGGAGGGGCAGGGCUACCAGCGGGGAGAAUCGCACGCCGAGCUGCUGGGGAAGGAGGACACGGGAGUGGGCGAGCCGAGCCGCGGGAAGGAGAAUGUGAACGUGCGGGCGGCGUUCAUCCACGUGGUCGGCGACUUCGUGCAGAGCCUCGGCGUGCUCAUAGCUGCGAUCAUCAUCUACUUCAGGCCUGACUGGGCCCUGGCGGACCCCAUCUGCACCUUCAUGUUCUCUGUCCUGGUGCUGAUCACAACCCUUAGCAUCCUGAGGGACACCGUCAACGUGCUCAUGGAAGGCACCCCCCGCGGGCUGGAUUUUAACUCAGUGAAGGAGAGUCUGAAGGGAAUCCCCGGGGUUCACGCGGUCCACGGGCUGCACAUCUGGUCCCUUACGGUGGGCAAGAACGCGCUGGCCGUACACAUCGCCGUAGACGUUGACGCUGACCCACAGGAGGUGCUGGACAUAGCCUCCCGUUUGGUGCGCAGCAGAUUCGACGUGCAUUCGUCGACGAUUCAGAUCGAGCUUUACCAGGAGGAAAUGAGGGACUGUUCUCACUGUCGGGACCCCUCCGACUGAGCAGAAUGGUUCGUUCCAUCUCCAAGUAGAUGUGCGGUGUCGGUUCUCAUUUCUUAGAUUAUACAUUACUGUUGUUUUUUGACCAUUUUUGAAAAGAUGCUUCUUUUACACUAGACGCAUCACGUACAUACGUAGCCUGUUUAAUGCCAGCCUUUUUAGUCUGUUAAAAUGGCUAUGACUUAGUAACUUACAGAACGAACCAAUACCGUACAUCUACUUGGAAAAUAUCCUACUUUCAUAAAGUGCAUUUGUGGCAAUAUUACGCUAGGAGUGAACAAGUAAUGACCUCUUAAAGUACAAAGAACCAGUAAGUUCGAUGUGUUUCUUGUGUGCUUGUGUGUCUGUGCUGUAUAGAUAGACAUGAUAACAAUUUAAGAGUGCCUUAAAACUUGUCCAAUGCAAUUGGCUUAAACUUAAAUUGAACUUUGCUUUCAGCCAACGAAGUGCAUUUCAAAAGAGAAAGGGAUGAAAAGACGACUGAGUAAAGAAUAAAGCAAUGUCUUUGCAUUCAGAAUUUGUAAAUAAAUCAAUUCAAUCAAGCAUAACAAAAAUUGUUUCAAAGAAUCAUAAAUACAAGCAAAGAAGGCUUGAUCACUACAUAAUAAUUAAUAUAAGGGCA